UAUUAUUCUUCACAACUUAUACCUCUAAUGGAUUAUCACACCGAGAAAAUAUCUAAUAUAUUAACUUGUUUGUGUCUUACGACCCUUUUAAUGUUAGCACCGGUGGUUUUAUGCACUAGACAACACCGGUUUGAUAGCCCUAAGAGGAGCUUGUUGGCCAACGAGCAAGAUUUAGUGACAGAUUUGCCUGGACAGCCUGAUGUGAGUUUCAGACAUUAUGCCGGUUAUGUCCCUGUCGAUGAAUCCAACGGACGAGCUAUGUUUUACUGGUUCUUUGAGGCCAUGGAUCUCCCCAAAGAGAAACCUCUAGUCCUCUGGCUUAAUGGAGGCAACGUAUACCAACAAAACACUUCCAGUCUUUACUCGUUUUCUCCGCUAAUGAGUGUGAAAACCUCUAAAGUUGAGCCUGUUAAAAGGCAAACAUCACUAAUUAGAAGGAGCAAGACCGAACAGCAGGAGGUUAAACCUUGUUUGGUUUCUUCAUCAUCACCAUCGACCAAGUCUCCUAGACCCUCCGUUCGUGAGCCAAAAGACUUCAAGACGUGUUGCUUGGUCGGCGGAAGAAAUCAAGAAUCGUGCUCAUAG